CCCUUUUUGCAUUGUUAGCUUUCCCUCAAAUUGGUUAUUUGGGUUUCAUUAAUUUUCCUAAUAGAGGCAAAAAUUAGCAGUCUUGAUUGCCACGUGUAGGCCUGUCCCUCCCUGAGCUCGUGUGUCUAUUACAAGUACACCUAUUUUCUUGGUUUCCGGUAGCACAGACACCUGGUUUCUGUUUGUUUCCCAUUUUUUUCUCAUUGUUCAUCUCUUCUGUUUUUGACAAAAACAAGGAGGCCUGCUGCUCAAGAUUCGUGUAGGUUUUGACAUUUCUUGAGGAGGGAGUAUGUGUAGUUAUGAGAGGGAAGGAGGAGAAAGAGGGCCCCCCCUUUUGCUUGGAAGAAGAAGGGUGUUUGUUUGAGAUAGCACUGGUGGUUCCCAAAUGGGGUGAGAACAGAGGGGAUGAGAAUGAGAGAGAGGGAGCUGAUUGUGUUGAUAUUCUUGUUGAAGAGCUCAGGCAAAGAGGGUUCAUCGUUGAAAGAGAUGUUGGCCUUCAAAAUGAAUUCCUCAAGUUGGCAACUUCGGAUGAUGUCAUUGGAAGGGCUGCUGCUGCGUUGCAGUUCAGAAAGCCUACUUGUAUAGGGAUGGAUCUUCCAUUUGAAUGGGAGGAGGCUGCAGCUUUCAUUAAGCUACCAGAUGGCUCCUUGUUCAGUUGGUGCGAACGAUUCCAUUGCUACAAUCACAUAAUAUAUGGGAUUGUGAACACCGGAGAGUCGGCUGUGGUGCUGAGAUCUGACACUAAAGAGGAACACUGGAAACCGGGUGAAUCUCUAGUCCGGAAAUUAGAGGCAAUGGGCAUCGUCAAAGAAGUAUUCCCAUUGCAUGAUGAAAAAAAGCGGAAGCAACUUCUAAGGAGUUGGGCGAUGAACUGGUCAGACGUCACGCAACAGCCAAUCGAUGAUAUAUGUGCAUAUUACGGGAUGAAGAUCGCCACCUAUUUUACGUUCCUUGGAAUGUACACUAGGUGGUUACUUUUUCCGGCAUCGAUGGGCCUAGCUGUGCAGUUGUUUGAUUUCGGAUCGUUGCAGUUUGCUGUUCUUCCGUUUUUCUUCAUGUCCCUGAUAUCAUGGGUUGUCCUGUUUUUCCAAUUCUGGAAACGUAAGAACGCAGCCGUUUCAGCGAGGCUGCAGAUAUAUAAUUCAUACUCUUCGGAAUCCGAAUAUAGAUCUAUGAAAACUGAGCCAAGCUUGUCUCGGUUUCCCUCGGAACACAUGAGGAAACAAAACGCAGACAGAAUAAAAGAGAAGGCGAAUUUCCAGAGGGAUGAGUGGUUUAGUUGGCUGCUAAGAGUAAGAAACGACGCCUUCAUUAUACUGAGCAUCAUAUGUCUCCAGCUACCUUUCGAGUUAACUUAUGCUCAUCUCUACGAGGUUCUUGGAGCAGAUGCUCUAAAGUUUGGUUUAACAGCAGUUUACCUCUUCGUGAUCCAGUACUUCACAAGAAUAGGUGGCAAGAUCGCCGUGAAACUUAUUAAAUACGAAAAAUUCGACACUCCAGAGAACAAAACAAACAGCUUAGUAUACAAGGUAUUUGGCCUCUAUUUCAUGCAAUCGUACAUUGGAGUAUUUUAUCAUGCUCUACUGCAUCGCAAUAUAACAACUCUCCGGCAAGUUCUAAUCCAACGUCUGGUUAUGUACGAGGUGAUUGAGAAUCUACUGGAAAAUUCUAUUCCGUAUUUGUCGUACAGCUUCAGGAAAUACAGAGCUGUCAGGAACAAGGUAAAGCGAGACAAAGGGUCGUCAACCGGCAAGUCACGCACCUUUACUCGGGUCGAGAAGGAAUAUCUUAAACCUGCUUAUAACGCAAGUAUAGGCCAGGAAAUCGAAGAUGGACUUUUUGACGAUUUUCUCGAGUUGGUGCUGCAGUUCGGAAUGAUCAUGAUGUUUGCUUGUGCAUUUCCUCUUGCAUUCGCCUUCGCAGCAAUGAAUAACAUCACAGAAAUUAGAGCUGAUGCUUUGAAGUUGCUUGCUAUGAUGAGACGGCCCAUACCUCGCGCUGAAGAAACGCUUGGGGCGUGGUUGAAUAUUUUUCAGUUUCUGAUAGUGAUGUCGAUCUGCACUAAUAGCGCGCUUCUAGUGUGCAUGUACGACCGCGAAGGGAACUGGAAAUUAUCGCCCGGGCUUGCUGCAAUCCUAGUCAUGGAACACGCGCUCUUGUUUAUCAAAUUUGGAUUUUCUCGCAUUGUCCCAGAAGAGCCCGCGUGGGUGAAAGCCGCUCGGAUGAAAAAUGCCAGUCAAGCGGAACAGGUGUGUACUAGACAACUCUUGAAAAACCUUUCCGGUGACGAGAAAUGGUUCGAGGAAGUAAGGUCUCAAGAAUCCAAAAAGGAUGCCUAGGAAGGAAGAUACACCAGAAUCGGAGCCGGUUCUGAGACCUCGUCGUUCAAACGAUCCGACUCUUACCUAUAUCCGAUGAUCUGCCCGGAAAAGGUCAGAGUGUCCGGUGCCACGGAACAGACUGUUUUGUAGUAUAGCUUAUGUUAAUUAGAGGGGUAAAUUAAUGCUCUUGAUAGUUGAAGAAUAUAGUGCAAGGUGUGAAGAAAGA